ACGGCGAUGGAUAAUACCAGAAUGGCAAAGACUCAGUCUGUGUAACCAGAGUGACAACAACACCUCACAAAGAAUAGAACGAAAAGGCAUGGCAUAUGUACGUAGAGAGAGCCCACUUAUCAAACAGAACAGGUGAAGCCAUAGACUGGGGUGAAACUAAUAGUCCGGUGACUGGGAACGCUGAAGGUGGAGACGAAAGCCAGCACACCCUGCGGCUCUCCAGGACCAGGGUUGCCGACCCCUGGGUUAGACCAUUAGUAGGCGACUAAUUGGGCCGUUCGAUGGGAAAUAACGCAAGGGAUUUCCCCAGCCGCUGUGCGCUCAAUAUAUAUGGGAGCGAAACAUCCUUGGAGGCAGAUUGCUCCAGCAGGCACAACUAAACUACACGGUUCAACACUGAAGUUGACGAUUUAAGCGCCUUUCUUUACGAAUAACAGUAGCUUUACAAAAAAAGCAGAAACAUGGAAUUCAACUCUGUUUGCAUCAAAAAGAUCCCAAGCUGUGACCACAAGGAAUUACAUUUGGAGGUAACCCAGCAUCCGCACAGCUUGCGCGGUGUUGCCAACAUCAUCGUUGCCCUGCAGAGAAUGAAACACAGCUACACUCCCCGCGGGACAGAGUUCAGUGACCAUGAGCUCCUGGACAUUAUGCUGGAAAACGUGUUUGAAGAGAGCGUCAUGCCAGUGGCGGUGGAUACUUGGAGUAGCAAGCCCAACGUGUUCUACAACACCAAGGUUAUAGAACACAGCGUGUGUGACCAAGAUCAGAAGAGCUUGGUGCUCCACCAGAGUCCACUGGAGCUGCAUGCAGUGAUACUGCAGGCUGCCAGCAUGCAUCUCAAAGUAAACUUGAACCUGUCGACAUACAUGUCUCGCAACUUCACUGACAGCCAGAGACGACCUGUUGCUUUGAGUAUCGCAGGAAAGGACCUCUACCUGUCCUGCUCAAAGUCUGGCAGCAACCCCAUCUUGCAGUUGGAGGAGGUGAAAGACCGCGCGAUGCUGAAGAACAUUAACGCAAAUGGGGAGACGGCGCGUUUCCUCUUUCUCAAGAGCGAGCAGGGCUUGAACGCCACCAGCUUAGAGUCGCUCAAAUUCCGCGGCUGGUUCGUCAGCACGGCUGUGGUGGAUAAAAGACCCGUGGAGAUGUGUAAAGAAGAUGCCUCCGCCCACUUCACCAACUUCUCCUUCACACAUCUGUGAUCUCCACAAGAUACAACCACACCACACAUGCACAAGCACCCACCAAACCUGGCUAAAAAUCCCCCAACCGUCCAUUGUAUGUACCGAGUACAGCCACAACGGCACUGGGGUUUAUUCAUUUACUUUUUGAGUCUGUCGCAAAACUGGUUCAGCCAGAUAAAAUAAAUAUUCAUGUUCUUCGCUUCUUAUGGUAGUGUAAUGGCAUCCUUAAUGCCAAUGGCCUGUGACAAUUUAAAUUCCGGUUGAGUCUGUAAAUUAUGUACUCAAGCAUUUCAUAAUGACUUUUGUAGAGAGCCGCCUUAUUGCACAUGGUGAGUGUAGUAAUGUGUUAAUAAA